AUGAAAGGACUGAUACUGUGUGUUCUUGCUGCUUUGACGCUCACACCUGUAAAAGGUAAGAAGACGUGAUUUUAGUGGGUGAAGAACCUAAGAGGCUUGUAGCUUAUCUUAAAAGCAACAUUUUUCACUGUUUGACAGACUUGAUGAUUUUCUUAUUCUAGAGAUUCGAUGUAAAUAUCUCUGAAUCAAAGGUUUUCACCAAAUAGAGUGAAGCUUACUUCUGUCGGUGUAUUCAAAAUCAUUUUAUUUACAAAAGUGUAAAGAAAGAUAAAGCAGCAAAUUGUGAGGGUACACAUUUCUUAUUCACAGAUUCAAAUUGAGAAUUGAAUGUACCUAUUGUGUUGUUUCAAAUGAGCAGUAAAAUCAGCUGUUUGAUAGUUUUACAGGCAGUAGUUAAAUCUACCUUCAUUGAUAUACGUGUAUGUGAGCACAUACAGAUAAUGCAGCACAAAGCAGCCCAAAAAUGUUGCGACCUGUCUAAAACUGUUUCAGCAAAUAAGACGAGAUUAUGGCUCAUUUCAGCAGGAUUGUGCAAAACUGCAUGAGCCAGGUGCGCAUAAUACAGAGAUCCUAACACCCAAUACUGGCCACAGAGCUUACAUUUUGUGUCUUUGCGCUCCCUUCAGUAUUCUCAUGUCUGCUUGUUCACCUGAGCUGGCACUAACUAACAAGAUGACAGGGGAUAAGGACUGUUAGCCCUCCUUAACUCGAUUCAUCGUCCUGCAGAGGAGAUUUAUGCAGUACCAGCAGCUGAAACUGAAGCUUGGUGCAGCACUAGAGUUGCCCAUUUGGCAACUUGGUGGACUACUCCAAACAUAAAUCUGUAACAGAGAUGCUGUAACAUUCAGAAAUACUCAGAAAAUCACAUGCUUUAACAUCUAUGACCCUAACAAAUGGCACAGAUGGUAUGCGCUGUAAAUCAAUGCUCAAAAGGGACUUUCUGCCACAAUUUGCUUCAGUUUCCCACUGUGAAAGAAUAUCUUACAUAAAAGCCUCUUUCAUUUAAAAAAAUUUUGUUCCGUUUUAUUUUGAGGGGUUGUGCAGUGCAGCAUGGCAGGGAUAACUCCGGGUUUUUCCAACUCCUUUACAACGUUUUCUGCAAACUCUUUCUAUUAAUCCCAGUAUCUGUCUGUUUAAUAAAAACACGAUGGAGCCUGAAGACUUGGAGCUCUCCCCGGCUAACACAAGUCAUCCACUCAAAGAAACAAAUUCCAGACUCCUGCAGUAUAAACAUUAUAUCUCUGAGACGCUUGAAGAGGUUGACAGAAUAUGGCUUAUCAGUUUGACAUGAUGUCCCUCAAUAGCGCUCCAACACUUAACACAUUCAGCACAUCCUGAAUAAUAAAUGAGUCCAAUAAGCUAGGACAUAAACGCCUCCAAAUCUGAAUAAUCUAAAGCAUUACUUUCGUUCCCCUGACAUCCAUAAUUAAGAACACACUCAUGUAUUCUCUCUUUGCUUAUUUAAAUUGAAUAUUUGUGACUGCUUCUUGUACUGUUUCAUUUGUGAUUUUUCAGAGCUUUGCCUUAAACUGUAUCCUGCCAUCUUGGCAAGGUUUACUCAGAAUACUGUCCAUAAUUUUUUCAUUUGGUUGUAAGACUCAGUCCUUUGGCUAUUUGCUCUGUCAAAAUGUGUUCCAGCAAAGACUGAUUAAAUCAAACUGUUUCUGUUGUGUUUUUUGGGGGGUUCAGGUGAGGAGGAGGAGCCUGGAGAGCAACUCUUGGACUCAGCAGGACUGGAGCAUCAAGGAGUCCUGAAAUGUUUUCGUUGUGAGCUGGGCUUUUGGGAUGCCUGCUAUACCACAGAGACAAAUUGUAGCCACAAGGAGGUCUGCUUCACAGGCCGAGGGAAGGCAGGUGUGUUGGAUAACACUGUCAUUUUGUCAGUCUAUUUUUAAUCAAUUAAAGGGAUACUCCGGCACAAAGUUAAUUUAGGGUCAAACACACCGUAACAGCGAGUUAGAGACCCCCUCGAGAGAUUAAUGUUGCCAACCGCUUGCUUCUCUAAUUAUACCAACUUUAGUAAUGACCACACGGUAGCAAUACACAGCGGUCUGAGGAGCCAUAAACAAACCUCAACCAAAACGCCACUUUAUGGCCACAAAUAAUGCUCAGAACAGCACCUAACUUCAUCAACAGUACAUAUAGGGUCCUAGCCACCAAACAUCUUUUAAACUUUGCCUAAUUUAUUUAGCAAAGAGACUAAACACAACUCACCUACUCUCUUCCAGCAGCCGCUUGUUUGUAGCAAGACCUCAGGCCAGUCCAUUAUGGACUGCUGCGGGGUGACGCAGCUCAAGGAAGAACAUUUAUGAUCAUUUCUUUGAAGUAAUAAUCACCAUAUAAAUCAUUUUGCAUGGCAGACGCAGUAGUUCUUCUGCCUUAGCGUCUCGGCCUGAUUGCAUUUCCAUGAGUCUUUUUGCUAGAGAAAUCAGGCAAAGUUAAAAAGAUGUUUGGUGGUUAGUGCUAUGGCUAGGACCCUAUAUGUACUGUUGAUGAAGUUAGGUGCUGUUCUGAGCAUUAUUUGUGGCUAUAAAGUGGCGUUUUGGUUGAGAUUUGUUUAUGGCUCCUCAGAUCACUGUGUAUUGCUAUCGUGCGGUCGUUACUAAAGUUGGUAUAACUAGAGAGGCAAGCGGUCGGCAACAUUCAUCUCACAAGGGGGUGUCUAACUCGGUGUUACGGUGUGUUUGAACCUAAAUUAAUUUUACACUGGAAUAUCCCUUUAAUACCUCACCAUUGGAAAGGGGAAUCUUAUGUAUGUACUUUAUGUUGAAUUCACAAGAGGUUCUGUCAUUUUCUCCCCAGCUGACACUCUGGAUGUUAAGACUUUGGGUUGUGCAAAGGUGGAAGAAUGCGGCAUGGAGUCGGGAGUGGAGCUCUUUUAUAACAAAACACUCUUUAUCAUGACCAAACACUGCUGCAACACGGAUUUCUGCAACUCAGCACACAAACUUCCAAUCAACACGCUUCUAUAUCUCCCAGUGGCUCUGCUAACGACCUGGCAUCUCUCUGGAUGCUCAAAGGCAUCACAAUGA